AACGGAUCCGUUAUGUAAGAUUUUUAUAUUCAAAAUCUUGAUUGAUUUUGUAUUUUUUUUCCUUACCGUUUUAAAUGCUAUCGAAAUUUUAGAGCAAGGCGAAUAAUCCCCUCUUACAAAGUGGUACCAUCCAGUGUGAGGUCAUUGUGAGGUCAAAGUUACAAACAUGGCUACAGAGGGCACGUUGGUGUUCAUGAGAUCUUUUGGAUGUAAACAGAACUUGCUGUUCCGACCAGAUAGCUCAGCAAACGUAACACAAGGUUGUGCAGAGAAGUUACAAGAGAGGCUGCUGAGGAACACGUGGGGUCACAGACACCAUUACACACGAGCUACUUGUACCAUGGACUGGCUUGAACUUGAGUUUAAGCGCUGUCACAUGCGCUGUAAUGGAGGAAGGGCCGAUCGUAUUGGAUCAGGAAAAGUAGGACAAGAGAGACAAAAAAAGAUACACAGAAGAAGUGGCAAAGGAAUCGUCAUCUGUCCUAACGUUUGCAUUUGACAGUAGAGAGAACAAUGUCUUCACCAGAGUGCAACACAAAAGGAUGCUGUGUAACACACCUGAAAAGGUGAGGUUCAUCUUUAGCCAAAAAUAUGCUAAAACUUUACACAUUGUCAACCAAGUUCAUUUAUAAUUUAACAAUGAAUGAUGUUAUACGUUUUGAUAUACUAUGUGUAUCAUAAAAUACUAGGGAGCCAAGUAUUUAUCUAUGUUGUUUGAGCCACGUUUUGGACGGUAUUCUUGCUGCUGCAGCGCCACCUACAUCGGCGAUAAGUAGCAGCGAGAAGUAGUUUCCAGUCAUUCUACCCUGAUGAUGGUGUCUGAUAGACAUCGAAACGUUGGCAGUAAGUACUCCCUGGUUGUGGCUAAAGAAUCUUACUACAUUGUAUAUAAUUGCCAACCUGAUGAAGUUAUUUAUUAGUAUAAUAGUUACAUUAAACACAACUUUAAUAUGUGAGACUUUAAAAUGUCUACAAUGGGAUCAGCAUUUUUCUUCAUAUGUUUUAAAUACAUAUCAUUUCAAAUAUCAUUUAGUAAGUAUAUAUUAGAUUCAUAAAAGUUGACAUGUGAUAUGCUGGUGUUCCCCAGUACCAGGAAAGUCUGUCAGCAUGUUGAGCUGUCAGUAGAAACAUCUCCUGCUUCUUCAGGCAGGCAGUGGAGGGGAGGAUGUCAGAGGAGUCAAGACUGUCAUGUUUUACCCCUUGUAAUGUUUGAUCAUACAAUAUUGACGUGAUUGUUAUAGCCACAGAAGCUGGUGAAAGACAUUGCCAAAGUAGUUGGAGUGGUGUGCGGGAAACAAAUGUCGAGAAUAGCACUAGCACGCUUAUAUCCACCUAAAACAGUCAUAAACUACAGUUCCACGACCCCAUACCUUCGCCAAAUUUUUCUACCCUUUACAACUGCUGUAUUAAUUCUGUUUGUUAUAAUUAUGGAAGUAAUGUCCUCAUUUGCAUAAAUUAAUAUCCUUUUUCUCAUUGACAAAUGUCA